GUGAAGGGGGAGAAGAGUGUCUGAAUACUGAUGAAUGAGCUGUGAUGGAUAACAAAGACUCGGAAGCUGAGAUCCACCCACUGAAGACUGAGGACGUAAAAGCUCAAGAGAACCAGGAAAACUCUGUGGAGAGAAGAAUUAUCAGCAAGCAGUCAUCACGACUGUCUCGGCUGUCCCGGUGGCGCACUGCCGCCUUCUUCAUCUCAUUAUUUCUGUGUCUCAUAAUUGUGUUUGCUUUCUCAUUCAUCAUCCCAUGCCCAGAGAGGCCAGUUUCAGAAAGAACAUGGUUCCGAAACUAUGACAAUGCAGUGGCCUACCAGUUUCUCGCUAUAGAAGAUGUGAACGAAGACAAAGUGCAAGAUGUCGUCUUCGCUUUCAAAGCUAGCAACGGCAGCAGCAGCUUCAACAGAUCCUGUUUGGAUGAAGAUCUGCCUCCUCCGUGUGCCUUCGUGGCUGCCGUGUCUGGCACGAACGGCCGAGCGCUCUGGGAGACGCCUGCUGCCAAGGAGAUUGAGUGGAUGGAGUGUGGCAUCAAGCAGCUCGGGGGGGCUGAGACCCCGGGUUGCUUGGUCGUGGGGAAGCCGGUGUCUCUUACAGCAGUCGACCUGCAGACAGGAGAGGUUCAGUGGAGACAAUCCAGUGACUUUGGAACUAAUUAUACUGUGCUGACUCCGGUGUCAGUGAUUCCAGAUGUGGAUAGUGAUGGAGUUCAGGACCUGAUAAUCUUUAUUGCUACAGGAGAUAAGAUUAAGACCUUCAUCCAUUCAGGAAAAAAUGGCAAACAGAUCGGCUCCACUGGAAGCCUGAACGUGGAUGGGAAAGCUCGCUAUAUCAGGCUGAACCUGGACUCCUCCUACUUCCUUUUCUAUACAGAAAGCUCUUUCUAUGCAUAUUCCCUGAAAGAUCUCUACAGUGCAGCAACUGGGAUGGACAUUAAGCUUCCCGGCUUUGGGCAAGACCCUCAGUGGGAGAAGAACAUUGACCACACCACACACCGCUUAUCCCUUCUCAGCUCUGGAGACAUUCGCUACCUGGCAAAAAUUCCUGGGCGAUCACGGGAGAACAUCUUGGUUGUAAACUCAGAGAUGGCUACGCUGGUCAAUGCACAAAAUCUUCAGACUUUGUGGACCCUCAACGUGUCCCGUGUUGUGAGUGAGCCACUGCUUGGUUACUACAAACCUGAUGUUCCUGGCAUCGUCCUCGAGAGUGAAAUUGGACCCAACAGAAAGAAGGUUAUGAUUGUUGAGAGUGGAUCUGGAGCAGUCCAGUGGGACCUGAAGCUGAGCUCAAGAGCGGAGAGCCCUGGGCCAGCCACGCUUUCUACUGCUGAUCACCGGUCUACCUUCCUCAUCUGGGGCGAAUACCAGGCGGCAGGAAACGAAACGAGAUCCAGGACUCCUCUGCAGAAGCUGUAUCUUUUCCAUCCUUCCUACACUAAUGUCCUGUUGGAGCUCCGCAAUAGCACGGACCAAAUAAUUGCAUUCAAUGCCACGCUGUUUGAGCGGAGCCGUCAUGCCUGCUACGUGCUGCUGAGGGGGCCUCAACCCAGCGAGGAGCCGGGGUCGGUGUCUCUGAUGAAGCGUAAGCUGAAGGAGGAUGUCUCCGAGAGCAGGGUGAUCUGGCUGAGCCAGGUGGCUGUGGACAGCGAGCAGUACGUCCGGGACCGCCUCUACAGGAUGCGAUUCCACAGCCGAGCGUGAGCUUGCCGAGGGAAGGGGAGAGGCUGC